AUGUCCUUCGCUCGUGGACGCGCCUUUGGCGCCCUCCAGUCUUCUCUCAGAUUGUUGAAGGCGUCUUCAUCGACACCUGCUCGUUCUCUUCCUAUAACUCGUCGACCCUUGUCAACAUCGGCAUGUAUACGCCAGCUGCAUGGCCUGAAGGCCAACAAUACCGACCUCGAGAGUGACAUGAAGCAUUUGCACCACCAUCGGAGUCAUGACCCCAAACUGUUCGACGAGGCUGGUCGUGACCUAAAUCCGUACAGACAGGGUCCCAGUGCCGUUGACAAGGCCGUACAUUUGUUCUUCCUUACCGAGAUCGUGAGAGGGAUGUGGAUUGUCUUGGAGAACUUUUUUCGCCAACCGUACACUAUCAAGUAUCCUUUUGAAAAGGGCCCGCUAUCACCGAGGUUCAGAGGAGAACAUGCUUUGCGCCGCUACCCCAGUGGUGAGGAGAGGUGUAUUGCUUGUAAGCUUUGCGAAGCCAUUUGUCCCGCCCAGGCCAUUACCAUUGAAAGCGAGACUCGAAUGGACGGGUCAAGGCGAACAACGAAAUAUGAUAUCGACAUGACGAAAUGUAUCUACUGCGGCUUCUGCCAGGAAGCUUGUCCAGUGGAUGCCAUUGUUGAAACUCAAAACCAAGAAUUUGCUACGGAGACGCGCGAAGAGCUGUUGUAUAACAAGGAGAAGCUUCUUAUGAACGGGGACAGGGCCGAGGCUGAGAUUGCUGCCAACCUUUAUUGUGCGUUCAUCUGCCUUUCUUGA